AUGACGCUGAUGUCGAUUAGAGUUCAUCAGGGACACCUGUUCAGUUAUCAGCCAAUCAGACGGCAGCGCCUGCUGAAGAUUAAACUGAGCAUCAGAGCUGAGAAGGGACUGUGCACAUGCAUGGGUGUUGGAUCACCAGAACUGGACUGGAGAACCCUCUCCUGGUCCGAGUCUGGAUUUCAGCUGCAUCCCAACCCUAACCUGUCCUCUGGAUCAGCAGCAUCAUGGUCACAAGCUCAGAUCAUCUCUAUCUGGAGGUUCUCAUCGUGUCAGGAUGGACCAGAACCUCCGAGGAACAUCUUGUUGCAUAAAGGCCAAAUCGAGGUUUUAGGGGAUUCUGAAGACAGAGGGAACCGAGCUGGUGGAAUUCCCACAUUCGGUUUAUUUCCAGCCUGCAUGAGGAUAAUUUCAGCUGGUGACUCACAGCUGGAUCCUGAAGCAUGUCAAACAUGCAAACUUCUUCAUUCCGGAGCUCAGAAGGUCUAUAAAAACCAGAACCCGGAGGGUUUCCGCCAGAAUCCACUGACAGAGACUCGAACGCAGACAUCAGUGAGACCGCAGAGGAACAUGUACUCACGCUCCACCAGCACGACCCUGACGGUUCAGCAGGAGAGGUUCGCCUUCUCCGGAACCACAACCCGCAGCACAGAACCAGAGGUCUUCACCUUCGAGCGGGUCCCGGUCCAGGCAACCGCCGUGCGCUCCUACGUGCCGGUCCGGCCCAAGAAGCGCUGCUCCCGGGUCAUGUACCCCGCCAAGGUGCGCAUGCACCUCCCGCCACCAGAGAGGAGCCAGGCCAAGCGCUGGCUGGUCAUCCUGUGCCUGGUGGUCCUGUGGCAGAUCUACACCGAGGAUCCGUGCGUCGACGCGCCGCUGGCAGCUGCAGACGGGUCCGUCAGAGAGUGCCAGGGCCUCUCCUUCCAAUCCGCAGAGGAGCAGGCUCGGCAGCUCUCAGAGCUCAGCACCGGCCCCGACGCACCGCGCAGCUGUGAUGACUCCGGCUCGUCCAGAGAGAUGAUCCCAACCUCCGCCUGCCUGAAGUCCGGUCCGGACUCCGACACUAGCCACGCGUUCGAGCAGAGCGCCGGGCAGAGCAUGGUGGCCCUGCUGGUCUACCACAGACUGGGGAAAGACAACUGAGCCCCCCCCGGAACUGGGAAAGCAGAAACCCGCCCGUGUGUGGGCUCUGGGAUCAGAACUGAGCCGAAGGUGGUACCGAGCACCUCCAAACGCAGCGGUGCGCCCUGCGCGGUGCACCCGGGGAGGAGGCUCCAGGCCCGGGCUUGGCCCUGCCAGCAGUCACCCUCAGCACGGAGGAGGCGGAGCGGCUGGAGACGAACUGUGAACGAAAACUUGAACUUUAGAAAACUUGAACUGAAUCAAAGACUCUAAGUGCACUAAAGCCCCGAACAAGAGGAAGUUUGUGUCUGGCAUGUAGGCGGAAGGCCUGAAGCUGACCAUGUAUUCCUGUGACUGUCUACAUCUUUUUAUUGGAUUAUUUAUUUUAUUUGCUAUUUAUUUAAUAUUUGCAAUAAAAAACUUAAAUUGA